AUGAAGACUGGAAUGGACAGGAGGCAUGGAUGCCCAGCGUGUGCAUGGGUUGGUGUCGAGCAUAGGUAUAUCACAGAUCGAAAGUCAGGGCAACAAUAUGAAAAUGGAGACAUCGCCAUCUUCACAGAUUGGAUGGAAGGACAGUGGUGCGGAGAUGGGCACAACGGCGGUCGAGUGGAUCGGGGCCAUGAUGAUGAAUCAUUGGACAGGGUGGAGGAUUUGCCGCAUCGGCAGCAUGGCGGCGCAUCGCAGGCGUCUUCCGUCUGGGAGUGCGCCAAGGCGAAUUGGCGACAGAUGGGCUUGGCGACCGUACUCCAUGGCCACCGCUUAAAUCCUAGAGAGCCCCGCAAUGCUCCUGCCUCCAAUCUGUUGCUUCCUGCCUCCGGUGCACAGCCUGAGGGGCUCGCAUCCAACACCCUUGCUGACAGUGGUAUCCACAUUGGAGUUAGUCACAAGUUGGCCACAAGUGUCUUUGCCCCAAAGAUUUGUAAUGAUUACUGGAGUAUCACGCAAUGGAUAUUCAUGAAGACUAAGGACACAAUGGAGAAAAUGUUGAUGAUGGAUAAAACAUGGAUUGAUGAUAAUGCUAGGCACACCAAGACAUAUUGGCAAGGGGUGAACAGUUUCUUAGCUUUUGCAUUUAGGAAUUCAGCGGUAGGCAGCAAGAUAUUAUGUCCUUGUAGAAAGUGUGUUAACUCGUUUUGGAAAGAGGCAAGUGAAGUCCGUGAGCACUUGAUAUGUGAUGGGUUUCUAAAAGGGUAUAAAACAUGGACCUUACAUGGAGAAGGUAGCUCUUCAAUGAAUCAUGUGAAUCAUGAUGAUGGGAAUUAUGAUGAUGCUGAGUUUAUAGAGGAUUCUAGUGAGGAUGAUGAUAUAUCUGAUUUUCUUAGAGACUUAGCUGCUGAUUUGGAUGAUAGAGGAGAUUUUGAGGACAACGGUUCUACUCUAGAGCCUUGUCCUAAACUAGUUGCCCUUGAGAAGUUGGUAGUAGAAAAUAACAAGGAGUUGUACCCAAAUUGCAAGAAAUAUACACAACUAAGGUUCCUAAUUAGAUUACUCCAUAUCAAACUCCUUGGAGGAUGGUCUGAUAGAUCUAUUAAUCUGCUUUUAGAUCUACUUAAUGAUGCACUUCCUAAGGGUUCAGCACUACCUAGAACAUUUCAUGAAGCUAAGAAAUUGGAAAAAAAUGUGAGUGAAAGCUUACUUAAUACAUUCACGGGCACAGAUGGGAAGUCUAAGGAUAAUCUGAAUUCUUGCCUCGACCUUCAAGCUCUAGGGGUCAAGUUUCCUGAUGGUUAUACAUCUGAUAUACGACAUAAUAUACAUGUUAAUGAGAAAAAGAUAUUUGGACUAAAGAGUCAUGAGAGCCAUAUUAUUCUACAACACUUGCUGCCACUUGCUGUGAGAAGGAUAUUGCCUGAAAUGGUUCGGACGCAAAUUGCCAAAGCGAACCGUGCUAAGUUGGAGAUACAUCAUACAACAGGCACUAAGAGUUUUGCUUGUUCUGGACAUGAAAUGGUUGAUGAACUUGGACGCCCUCCUCGAAGGGAUGAACUCUAUAUCAAAACUCAUACAAGAAAAAAUGGUGUUGCAAUAAGGAAUGCAGAACCAAUAAUUAGCAAGCUUAAAGCAAUUGUUGAGGCCCGUCCAGAGUUGACAGAAAGAACAAUUCAACAAGGUGGCGUAUUUGCUGCUGCUUUGGGUUCAAAGGAGCCAAGAGGCCGUGUGCGAGCUUUAGGUCUAGGACCUACUCCUCAAGAUGUUGGUAUAGCAGGACUGAAGUGUUACACACCUACAAGAUUUCAAAUGGAAGUUUUGGCCCGUAAGAAGGCUGAAAGUAGGAGUGAAGCUCUAGAACAGCGCCUAACACAAAUGGAAGCGCAAAUGCAAAUGAUGGAGAAAAGGUUUGCACAGGAAAGGCAAAAUAUAGAAGUAAUGUCACAGAAUGGUUCUAAUUCACAACGUGUGAGCCCAAGAUCUGCAGAACAUGUUCAUGAGGCAUAUCAUGAUGCUCAUUUUCAAGAAGAUGAAGCUUAUGAAGAUAAUGAGAGCAAUGAUGCCAUUGAUGUGGGUGCAAACUUGCUUGUGGAUAGGCAUACUAUAGCCCUAACUAUGCAAAGCCCUUCCAAUGCCGCCCUUGUAAUGCAGCCCCGUGCAGCCCCAUCCUCUCAAUGCAGCCCUACCAAUCUAUUCCCAGCAGUGCAGCCCAAUGUAGACUCACAAGUCCAGUCUCGUCAGUGUAGCCUCACCAAUGCAGCCCCUACAAUGCAGCCCCAUGCAGCCCAGCCAUCACAGCCUCAAGCAGCCAAACCAGCACAACCCUAG